AUGGAUUGCAUGAACGCUGCUCCGAAAAUGAUAUCCCUUGCUAUAUUUGACUUCGACGGAACUCUCUUUGAUACACACGAGUCUAUCUCCGAAACCAUCAAAUUAACCUUUAAUGCCCUUCUUCCGACUCAAACCCCUCCUCAAUCUGAAAUCCACCGCCUCAUCGCAAGCGGUGCCGGCCUAGCAGACACCUUUCGGGCCUUGCAUCCCUCCCCAAUCGAAUUCACUCCGGCCAUUGAAAAUGAAUGGAUUGAAAAAUACCGCGCUCUCUAUGAAACUCACGGUCAACUACUCAUCAAGGCCUUUCCUGGUGUCAAGGACAUCUUGGCUGAACUCAAUGCCCGCAAGGUCGCCAUCGCCAUUGUGAGUAACAAGGGUGUAGCGGCUGUUAAAACCGCUUUGGAGUUGAAUGGCCUUGGUGGCUAUGUACCGGAAGAUUUAAUUGUCGGCGAUAAGACCCCUGGGGCAAAGCGCAAGCCGGAUCCUGCCAGCUUCGUGGACGUUGUGAUCCCCAUCCUACGACAGAAAUAUGGUAUCGAGGUUGAUCCAAUGGAAGUACUAGUAGUGGGUGAUACCGUGGCGGAUCUUCAGUUUGCAGGAAAUAUUGGAAGCAGGGUUUGCUGGUGCCGGUAUGGGUAUGGAGAUCGGGAAACUUGUCAAAAAUUGGCACCGGACUUUGUAGUUGAUUCUUUGGCAGAGCUUGUGGAGAUUAUGAGAAAUCGAUAG